CCCACUCCCCCUCCUCUUGAAGCCGUCGACGCCGCCGCCGCCGCCAUCGCCGCAGCCCUAGCGAUUUGGUAAAAAAAGGAGAAGAGACAUGGCGACCGCCGCUGAUCUAAGGCGUGUGUCGGAGGACGAGCUGCGGAAGUGCGAUUUGUUCCGGUGCUUUUGCUGUUGGCGCAGACGCUGCUCGCUCGGGAUCCCGCGCAUUGGCCCCCGUAGCGAGUAUUUGCCGGCCAACGCCGACAAGGGGCGGAUGUUAAGGCGGGGCUUGGAGGGCUCCGGCGCCCCCUACCAGCUGUAUCUCCCUUGGGGAGAAGAGGUGAAGGAGAAGGAGGAUGAAGGAAGACGAAGGGGGAGGACGGGAAGAAGAAGGACAGCUUUGGGGGGUGGUGGACAAGGAAGAAGAAGAGAGCGUCCCCUACCCACCGGCCUUGCGUCUGCCACUGCUGAGGGCAGCCCGCUUUGGUCGGUCCUCGUUGGCUGCUCCUCCUCCGACCAUCCGUCGCACGGUCUACGCAUACACUACUUCCGGGUCACCGGCUCCGGCCGCGUCAUCGGCCACAACAACGACCUGCUCGAGCUCUUCUGCGGUGUGUCCCCGAUCGAUGACAGGCACACGAUGUUCCCCGUCGCCAGGGCCGCGAUAGCGCCGGCCGACCGCCAUCUUUACAUCAUCUGCAAACAUCGCCCGGCAGCCGGAUCGAGCAGCACCAGCGGCCAACAAGCCCACGAGAAGGUCUUUCCUCCCAAAGCCUUCUCUUUGAACACCGCAGACAAGAGCCUGUCUACUCUGCCGCCGCUCCCGUUCACUCGUGGAUCAUGGGAAGCUAUCUCAGCGUGUGGCAAGCUCUGGGUGCCGGUCGUAUUGGUAAAGAGAGGCUCCUAUGGAGAGGCAUGGAGCCUCAUCGUUUACAAGCUGAUUGGGGACUGUUGGUCUGAAGUCAACAGUGUCGAGUUCCCUUACAAGCAUUCGUUGGAACGUGGGUACAGUGGCACCUUACUCCAGGGCUAUGUGGUUCUCCAUACAAACAUUCUAUUAUCAUUCAGUAACUCCAGCUUCUUCUUAUUCAAGUGCACCAGCGGCGACUUGUCCCGUGUUGACACUAAUGGCACAAGUCAAUAUAUUCCUAUCACUGGCAAAGCAGUAUAUGUCAAGCUCCAUGACAUGAUCUACUUCAUACGGGGAACCAAACUCUUUGCAUACAAGUACACUCCAAAGUGGGACAAGCUGCUUGCGGCUCCCAUAGAGAUCGGAAAUAUUUGGCCCUAUGACAAGGAAGGGUAUGGCUUCGUGGAGCACGUAGGCGGCCGUAUGUUGUGUGCUGUUUGGAUCAAUAUGCACCAGCUGUGUGGGUGUGCCACACGGCAUGCCCUGAUCACAACAUUCCGCGUCACAGGCGUCACUGAUGAAUUUGGCUGCUUCGUUCCCAAUGGUGUUGACAUCCUGCACUCCACCUGCCGCCAGAUAGACAUGCUCAAGAGCAAUGCAUCUGGAGACACAUGCUAUGACACCUUCUGUUUCUUGCAGAAGUGUCAGGAUCGUGGAGCCAAGUUUCAUCCCUCGGAUCUUUCAGAGACAAGACAGUUCUACUGCCCCCAAGUUGAAAAAUUCUCAGAAAUGCUUACUUGCUGCAGGGAGUUUCUAAAUGGAAAGCCUGAGCCUGCUCCAGGUGUAGUAGCCCUUGACUUCUGCAAAAUGGCCACCAGAUCAGAUUUCUAUUUUAUCUGUCAGGCGGAUCAGUGCUCCCUUUUGUAUCAAAUAUCUACUUCAGGAGGAAAGUUGACAUGUGGUGAUGAGGCCCUGGAGGCAGUACUGCGUCUAGACACAGUUAGAUUUGGAGAUAUUGAAAUAGAUGACCUUUCAGCAUGGUAUUUUGUGCAUCGCGGAUCGACGCUUUAUGUUAUCCCAUCGAGUCCAGAGUGCAAUCACUAUGUUGUCGACGUCGAAAGGAAGUCCUACAGGCUCUGUAAGAGCAAACGAUCCAAGCUCUUUUUUUCAGCAGUUUUCCGAGCUGGUCAGUAUGUCGUGGCUCUAUGUGAUACUUUGCAGUAUGUCUAUAUCCUUCGGGACAAUCUCCAAUGGAGGCGCCAGAAGACAGCAUCAAGGUCUGUUGAUGUGUCACAAAAGGUCAAGAUUUCUGGAUUUGUAGACCUCAUCAACGAUGCGUUUAUGAUAUCGGAUUUUGACACAGAUGAGUUCUUCUUGUUUGAUUUGAAGAGAUGGGAAUGGUUUUCUGUCAGGUCAUGGUUUUGUUUUCUGAGUGGAAGAUGCAUAUUCGCAGAGGGUUUCAUAUACACCUGCUCAGAUGAAGGUCUUGCUGCUUUUGAGCUGUUUUACGAUGAUACUUCAUAUUGGCUGGGUCUGCCUAUCAUGUUAGAUUUUUCUUGGAAGUACAUUUGCGGCAACCGAAGGUUCCUAUGCUUUGAUUCAAUUUGCAAGUGCGAAAUUGGUGAUACCAUUGUGUUCUGCGUGGUCCAGGGAUAUGAGGAAGCACCUCCUAGCACUUCAAGUCACACCUUGGCUGCAACCACAGUACAAGUGAAGCUUGUGGAAACAGCACGAGGGACAAAAGUGCCUGUCAGAGUUGAUCAUGUUGAUAUCUUUCUUUCAUCGAUUGUAGAGGAAGGGUGGAUCUUGACCAACUAUGCGUUUGCUUUGUAAGCAGUUGCAAGCUUAGGGUACUGAGCUCCGUGAGGUUCUAUGAGGCUGAACACCUGUAUCAUUGACAUUGGGCUAAUAUUUUGUACCUUUGGAAGACGAUGUAGGUAACUGCUAGACACUAGUUUCCGAUACCAAGGCCGCGGUUUCGCUGCUGUUUUGCCCGUAGCUAGACAUUGCCAUCUUUUUGUUCCAUUCUUGGCACUUGAACACAUUGCUAAGAUAUGAGUCAGGUCUGGUUUGGUUGGUUUGCUUA